AUGGCUCGUACCAAGCAGACAGCCCGUAAGUCACCACCACCACCACCUCACCGUCGCCUUCGACAUCAUCGCCGCCGCCGCUCGCGUUUUGUUGUCGUCGCCGCCGCCGCCGCCGCGUCACUUCGGCUUCACGCCACCUGACCGCGACCGCCUUCCACAACAACGACAUCGCGCCUCUUCGGCCUUGCACGAGCUCAUGACACUUCACGACAACAUGCUAACAUCCUCUCACAGGCAAGUCCACUGGUGGCAAGGCCCCACGUAAGCAGCUCGCCUCCAAGGCAGCGCGCAAGUCCGCACCAUCCACCGGUGGUGUCAAGAAGCCUCACCGAUACAAGCCAGGUAAGCACCCGAUACCUCUCCCAUCACCACUCCAACAGUCACAGUCACUGACAGAUUCUCCCAGGUACCGUCGCUCUCCGUGAGAUCCGUCGCUACCAGAAGUCGACCGAGCUCCUCAUCCGCAAGCUCCCCUUCCAGCGCCUGGUCCGUGAAAUCGCCCAGGACUUCAAGUCCGACCUGCGCUUCCAGAGCUCUGCCAUCGGUGCCCUGCAGGAGUCCGUCGAGGCCUACCUCGUCUCCCUCUUCGAAGACACCAACCUGUGCGCCAUCCACGCCAAGCGUGUCACCAUCCAGAGCAAGGACAUCCAGCUUGCGCGCCGCCUCCGUGGCGAGCGCUCGUAA